AUGGUUUACAGUGCGAUUUGGAUGAUUAUCACUGGAUUAACUCUACAAGGAAAUCAACAAACUGAUAAAAUUCUUGAAGAACAAUUUCUGCGUAAACAAAACGUAAGUCUCUCUGAAAUUGUGUACACCGGACCAAACUAUUAUCCACAAAAGGGAGUUAUCGACUGGAUUCCUAUCUUCGGAAUGGCCAUUUUGACUCUUAUGAUUUUCGCUUCCGUGUACUCCAUCAUAUAUUUCGCAGCGAAAUCUUACAUCGCAAUGAAUAAAUUGGUGCUCACUUCGAAAAACUCUCAAAGAUAUAAAACAAGUCAAGCUCAACUUCUGAAUGCUCUGGUCAUUCAAGCUAUUAUUCCAUUUGUCUUGAUGCAUCUUCCAGCCUCUGCCGUCUUCAUUAUGCCAUUUUUUAGUUGUGGAAACCAAACAUUCGCCAGAAUUUUCAGUGUAACAGUUGCUCUGUAUCCAGUUCUCGACCCACUUCCCACAAUAUUUGUAGUCAAAUGUUAUCGGAUUGCAGUUAUCAAAUAUCUCUCUAAACUCUGCUGUCUUUCUCCACAAUUUGACAGAGAACACCCCUCUUCAACUUCUUAUCAAUGCCCACCGACUGCAAUAGCAUAA